GCCUUAUGAGGCUAGGCCGCCGCAUGGUUCCCAUUCCCCCGUUGGCUUAAUACCGCAAAGGGGUGGCGACAGGAAACGCAAAUCCUGGGAACGUUGCCGAACUGAGCUAAAAACGAGGAUGGCAAGAAUACAGGCGGAUUUGCACAAUAGGUAUACGC